AUUUAUGACUUCUCAAUACAAAAAGCUCCCCUCACUUUUUUAAGUUUUGUCUUCUCUAAUCCGUCUUCUUCUACUAUCUUGCAUGUCUUGCGUCUUUUAUAUACAUCUCUCGUAAACCCUAGCAAAUCAUACAAGGUCAAGAAGCUUGACCUUCAUUAGACUUAAGCAGUUUAUAAUCAACUACCACGAAUAGCAAUGGAUAAAGAUUACUCGGCACCAAACUUCUUAGGUGAAUCCUCAGGCGGUAACGAUGAUAACAGCUCUGGUAUGAUAGACUAUAUGUUCAAUAGAAACCUUCAACAACAACAAAAGCAAUCGAUGCCACAACAGCAGCAACAUCAACUCUCUCCUUCCGGAUUUGGAGCAACACCUUUUGAUAAAAUGAACUUCUCUGAUGUGAUGCAGUUUGCGGACUUCGGUUCGAAACUUGCGUUGAACCAGACCAGAAACCAAGACGAUCAAGAAACCGGGAUUGACCCCGUUUAUUUCUUGAAGUUCCCUGUCUUGAACGACAAAAUAGAGGACCAUAACCAAACCCAACAUCUCAUGCCUUCUCAUCAGACGUCUCAAGAAGGAGGUGAGUGUGGAGGAAACAUAGGCAAUGUGUUUCUUGAAGAAAAAGAAGAUCAAGACGAUGACAACGACAACAACUCCGUGCAACUACGUUUUAUUGGAGGAGAAGAAGAAGAUAGGGAGAACAAGAAUGUUACGAAAAAGGAGGUGAAGAGCAAGAGGAAGAGAGCUAGAACGAGCAAGACCAGCGAAGAAGUGGAAAGCCAACGGAUGACUCAUAUCGCGGUCGAAAGAAACCGUAGGAAGCAAAUGAAUGAGCAUCUUCGUGUCCUUAGAUCUCUCAUGCCUGGCUCCUACGUUCAAAGGGGAGACCAAGCGUCAAUCAUAGGAGGAGCAAUAGAGUUUGUGAGAGAGCUCGAGCAACUCCUACAAUGUCUUGAAUCACAGAAGCGUCGAAGAAUCUUAGGAGAAACCGGUAGGGACAUGACAACGACAACGACUUCUUCUUCUUCUCCCAUAACUACGGUAGCGAACCAAGCACAACCGCUCAUUAUUACGGGAAAUGUAACCGAGCUAGAGGGCGGAGGAGGGCUUCGGGAGGAGACUGCGGAGAACAAGUCGUGCUUGGCUGACGUGGAGGUGAAGCUGCUAGGGUUUGACGCCAUGAUCAAGAUACUUUCAAGAAGAAGGCCGGGACAGCUGAUUAAGACUAUAGCUGCUUUGGAGGAUCUUCAUCUCUCUAUUCUUCACACUAACAUCACUACCAUGGAACAAACCGUCCUCUACUCCUUUAAUGUCAAGAUAACAAGUGAAACGAGGUUUACGGCAGAAGACAUAGCAAGUUCCAUCCAACAGAUAUUUAGUUUCAUUCAUGCAAAUACCAACAUGUAAGGAUAUAUAUUUUUCUGCUAUUUAAAUAUUCUUUCGAUUAAAGAUACUUUUGAUAAGUUUCUGUUGGUCCCUUAAAACAAAAGUUUAUGUUGGUUCAUUGUUAUCCAUUUCACAUGCCUUUUGUGUUUUGUUUGUUUUUACCUUUUAGAUGUCAUGAUUAUAUCUUUUUGUGUGCAAUGUGGUCUAUCUAAUCAUCAAGACAUCAUUACUAUGUGUGUGUGUGACUCUGUGAGUGUGUGAGUAUAUGAGUCUGGUAAAAAGUCUUAGAGUAAAAGAUAUUGGUGGUUCGAUGUUAUACAUUUUACUAUUUUAGAUGUCUAGCUUUUGUCUUUUGUUUGUUCUUUUACCUUUUAGAUGUUAUGAUUAUUUGCUUUUAAUGUUAGAUAUAUAUGGUGUAUCUAAUCUAUCAUGGUUAUUUUCUUUGUGUGUUACAUAUGGUGUGUAUAUAUAUAUAUAUAUAUAUUGUAACAUAUUUAUCACAAUAUUUGAAGUGUUAAAGCUUGGAAACAAUUUUAUUUCAGAUCUGGAAGCUCUAACCUGGGAAAUAUUGUGUUUACUUGAAAAUCAUCACACGGCGACAACUUUGUACACUGGUGAAGAUUACAGUACGUAAUAAUCUCUACAUAUUGGGUUUUAUUCUCCAAGCAUUUGGAAGAGUGUUUAAGUUAAAGGGAGUGCUUACUUUAUUUUUUUGGGGCUUUUUUCAUGCAAUUUAAAUUUUAGUGAUGAUUGUGUCGCUUGUAAUGUUAGAACUCGUUGUUGUGAUUUCUGCUGCUUUGAUUUGUAGGUUUUGAACAAGCGGUUUAGAAUGCUAAACCACUUAUUUACUUGAAAUAACUUUUUUCACAAAAUAAAAAAGAAAAGAAAAAAACAAUGCAUGAAAACUUUUCUUGAG